AGUUCCAGCUCCAGAGCACCAGGUGGCGCCGUCUCUGCUCCUAGCCCUGCGGCGGAAGGGCAGCGUCUCAGGCUCUGUGGUCAAAGUGCACGGCGGCGGGGUUGUAGCGUUUGCUACGGUUCCGCUUUGUGGGCGCUGCCCGGCUAGGGCUGGCCGAACGGGACCGGGAUGGGGCUCUGCUUACCUUGCAUGGGGGGAGCUGCUGAUGACGUAGUGGAGACGCCGGACCCGGAAAUUAAAAGAAGACAACUUGCUGAAGCUGCAGAAAAAAGGCAGAUGGAGGCCUCCUCUCGAGGUAUUAAGAAUCUGUCUUCUGUAGAACAAAAGAAAAGGAGACAGGAGGAAAUGGAAAAACGUCUUGAAACAGCAGCCCCUGGACCAGAAGGUGGCGGGCUUAGAUGGCAAGUUGGAUAACUGGCGCAGCUCCGGAUGGGAAGGAUGGGAUGAAUGUUCUACUGCCAAUAACUUGCCAGUUCCUGCAGCUGAAUGACACUUGUCCAGUGUGUUUGGCUUUUGCCAUCGUUUGCCUCUGGAGACUUAGCAGUACAUUGCCAUCAUGGCAGGGCAGAUUGAAAAAUGUGCACUAAGGAUACUUUUUCAAACCAAAACCUCACAAUGUACAGCAGAGAUGGCCAAAACCAGUUGUUUACUAGUUAAGUUGCCAUACUGUGUAACAUUGCAUGUCUUAACAUAUUGGAGGGGGCAGGCAGAUUGUGUAAGAGCCUGUGUAAUGAAAAAUGAAAAGUUAAUAGUUUGAUUGUUUUGGAGGUAAUCCUGCUUUUAGUAAUUUCCCUAGAUACUUAACUGUGUUCUUUUGUCUGUGUCAUUGAAGCCACAAACUCAACCCCAUUACUUAGAACUAAACUGGGCUGAAGUCAGUAGGCUUUCCUAAACAUUCUGAAGGUGGAAGCUUUUGUGCCUUUGAGGGUGAAUUUACAUGUUUUAAGAGAAAUGUCACCAUGAGGUGAGAAAUGCCUGUCCACUGUGGAGAAAUUAAUAUUCAGCCAUGCAAAAGGGACUGUUAGUUGUACAGUAGAGGCUAAUCCAUGGCCAUGAUUUUCAUUUACCAUACCAAGACAGUUUUUUUUUAAAGAAAUACUGAAAAUAUUUACUACUUUGUGGUGAGAUUUCUCUCUAAAAAUGAACAUAUAGACUUAAUCUGAGAAAUCCUGAAGGAUGGUUGGGUUUCUGCAAAUCUAUAGUUACUAAAAAUUACUUCAAAUUAUUAUGAUACAUAUGUACUUAUGCCAAGAUAAAUACAUGUAUAUGGUUUAUUCUAUCUUUUGGAUUUUCCUUUUUAUAAUAUCUGGGGCUUCAUGAUAGUUCAUUAAAAAUACAACAACUAAGCUAA